GUACGUGUAUAUGCGUACGUGCGUACGUGUAUGUACGUGUGUACAGUGCGUUAUACUACACGAUUCCCCUGUGCGCCGUGGCGCGGACUCGCGGACAGCCACGAACGCUCUCUCAUUCCUCCGCUUUGCUCGGCUGUUCUGGGCUGUCCUGGGCUGUUCUCCGAGCCCAGUGUCCGUGUGGCGCGUGCCUAUGCGCUACCUUCGGUGUGUGAAACGAUAAAACGAAGGAAACAUCUCGUCUCGUUUCGUCUCGUCUCGUCGCGUUUAAUCACGUACCAGCAGGCCGAAAGUGAGAAUAUCAGAGCUAAGAGGAUCGCGAAAUCUCGUCAUCGUUUCGUCAUCGUCGCCGCGAUGCCCUGGGCGUGUUUCUCCCGCAUUCAGACAGAAUAGUGGCAUGAGUCGAUUAAUCUAUGGCAGAUCAACAAGAUCAGUUGUCAUCAGGGGGGUCUGUAGAGAAGGCCAGUGCUUCAGCAGACACCUCUAAGUCAAGGGGGAAAAGCUCUAGUAGUGGCUCGAGUAGCUACAGAAAACGACAAAGUACUGGUGCGAUUCCAGAUAGCGUGGAAGAGAAGAGGCGUAGACAGACCACCAGUGACCCACAGACAUCUCAAGUGGACAGUAAUACACCGCACACGCAUUCGAUUGAUUCUUCUAAGGGAGAGGGCAGAAUCAGAGGUGAACGAAGAAGUCAUGGAGCUGGCUUAGAAUCUUAUUCAGAAACCGACUGGAGGUCUCAUAAGAUUCACCAAGUCAGUUACAACAGUAGCAAUACAAGGGUGCGUAGUGCAGCGAGGACGAGUCUACCAGAGUCAAGUUUAACACCUACCGAUUGUGUGGCAUCGCGAACUCGUUCCCGUACACCACAGAAUCCUCAAGCAUUGACACAGGGAACUAGCAGUUACGAUCUAUCACUAUCCAGUGGAUACGGUAGCCGAAAGACAAGUACCUACAGCAGCGUGGUAGCUUCAUCGAGUGCUACAUCGAUCACUAGUCAUCCAUCCACAUCGAGAGGAAGAGGAGGCCAGAGGAUGAGCGAAUGUCUGGAAGGAUUUGUGUCUGCUGUCAAAGCACUUUUUCCAAUAUCAACACAAACCUACCAUCAAGAAGAUUCGAAAUCUCACGGCGGUGCGACCUGUAGCGCAACGAGUAGCAGCACGAGUAGUCAAGUCCUGGGUGUCAAGUCCAGCAUCAGAGUGGGUAACGCAGCAAGUAACUCUGUGGAGAGUGGUGGGGGGGCGUUGGCACAUGACGGGGCAGGCACGAGUGGCAUUGCUUCAACGGCCACUGCCAAUCCACCUGUGUCUGCCACCGUUUCUGCCAACCCUACACACCCUCAUUCUACACACAAGCACCUGCUACGCUCUCGCGCGAAAGCUACUGGUGAACAGCCGAAGGAAUUGCCAUCUAGCAACAAGACUUCGGGGAAACAUCACAAGAAAGACACUACAACGGGUUCCUGUUCAAGUUCGAGACAUCGCUCUUCAUCACGCGUGAGGAAGCCGGUGGUGGAGAGCGGCUCCGGAUUGAGUAGUGUAAUGUCAGGCAAUGACUCUAUCAGCGCUACCUCUGUAUCAUCCUCUAUUCCAAGCAGUCAGUUAGUCUCAACUACAGGUGAGGAGGAGUCAGCAUCAACUGCGACAUCCGCCACAGAUCGCGUCAUUCAAAAUUUCGAUUUCCUACUUGCACGCGAAGCUGGUGGAGGACCAUCUGGAAUGUCGGGAACGACAGGUGAUAGCGAAAGCGACGAUGGAGAAGUUGGACGAUUGCAAGCUUUAUUGGAGGCUAGAGGUCUACCGCCUCAUGUGUUCGGUGCAUUAGGACCGCGGAUGCAACACUUACUUAACAGAAGCAUGGGCGCAAGUUCCGCUGCUAAAGCGCAACAACUUCUAGCCGGCUUACAAGCUGUUGAGGAUGAGGGAGAACAAUUGCAGGCCGUCAUGAAUAUGGGAGAGAUUCUUGUAAUGGGCAACGAAGAUACUCUAACCGGUUUUCCCGUCAAACAAGUGGUUGCAGCUUUAAUUAAUUUAUUGGGGAUUGAACAUAAUUUUGCGAUAAUGACCCAUGCGUGUCGUGCUCUUACGUAUAUGAUGGAGGCGCUACCACGGUCGUCCACUGUUGUAGUGGAUGCGGUGCCAGUGUUCCUACAAAAACUCGAAUCGAUCGAGUGCAUGGACGUAGCUGAACAGUGUUUGACAGCAUUAGCUAUGUUGUCACGCAGACACAGCAAAACAAUUUUACAUGCGGGUGGGGUUUCAGCCUGUUUGAAAUUUGUUGAUUUCUUCAACAUCACAGCACAACGUGCAGCGUUAACAAUUACUGCAAACUGCUGCCAAAACCUUCAUCCUGACGAUUUUCAUUUAGUAGUGGAUAGUUUGCCAUUAUUAACGAAACAUGAUCCUGUAAUGCUGCAUAAAAUUAUCAAUGCUGAACUCUUACAGAAUCUACAACAGCUGCUCAUGAUUACGCCGCCGGUUAACAGCACUAACAAUUUCAUAACUGUAUUACGAAUGCUCUCUGUGAUAUCAAAUCGCUGUCCCGACUUGGCGCAAUUGUUGCUGCAACAAAAUAUAGCUUUCACAUUAAGUUAUCUUUUAACUGGAUCUCUGGAAGUUAAAACGGAAGAUGUAGAGUUGGUGCCGCGUACACCGCAGGAGUGGUUCGAAAUUACGUGUUUAAUCGAGGAGCUUAUGCCUCCGUUACCAACAGAUGGAAUAUUCAGUGUAAAUAGUUUACUCGAAAGGACCAGCAAUCAACAGGAGACUGUCCAGUGGGAAUGGCGUGACGAAAGACAAUGUUCCCAUCCGUUCAGUACUAUAGAUUCUAGAAUUAUCGAGAUGGCGUUUCAAAAUGGCGAAGAUGAGAUAUGCCUUACCUCCUUAGGACGAACUUACACUAUAGAUCUGACUGUGAUGAAACAAAUUAAUGAGGAUAUAGGAAUGACAAGAAGUAUAUUUCGGAGAGUAAACGCUAAUCCCACUGAUUGCUCAUCUAGUAUGGAUGUCGUGCCUCCGGUAAUUGAAACGAACGAAUGGCUAGUGUCUUUUAUUCGAACUUUAUUCUCUGUACUAUAUGAGGUUUAUAGCAGUUCAGCUGGACCCGCUGUAAAAUGCAAAUGCCUCCGAGCUCUUCUUCGUAUGGUGUAUUAUGCUUCAACUGACUUACUUAAGGAUGUUCUAAAGAAUCAAGUGGUUUCGUCACAUAUAGCUGGUAUGUUAGCGUCGCAAGAUUUACGUAUAGUUAUCGGAGCUCUUCAAAUGGCGAGUAUCUUGAUGAAGAGAUUGCCACAAGUAUUUGGGGUUCAUUUUCAUCGCGAGGGCGUACUGCAUCAAGUUCGUCAAUUAGCAGAUCCCGAAGUACCUCUCGGUGUUUCACCACCUAAGUGCCCUUCUGGUACAUCAUUACCAAGCCCACAGCCAGGUCCGUCUAAUACACCACUUUCUUCCACCACAAUGUUGUCUUCUAGUAGUGCCACAUCUCCAGUUGUCUCUCCAUCUUCGAAUGGCAACAUAUUGUUUGGCACAAUCGCGUCGUCGUGCCAGUAUAAACCAAAUAUCAAUGCUUCGCUGGAACCACACAGAACGGAAUUAAACAACAGCGUAGAGGAAACAAGCGCACCACAAAGUGCUCAUUUAAGGAUUGGUGAUGUACUGAAGAAAAAACGACAGAAUAAGAAGGGUCGUUUCUCGAGAUUGGGGGGCACCACCACACCGCAACAAACACAACAGCCGGAAUCCCUGUUUACUGGUUUUACCCCAAAGAAUAAUCGAUUUUUGGGAAAUCUCAAUCCGGCCAAAUGGGGUCGCAAAUCGUCCUCGUCCAGUACUAGCAACGACAAGAGAGACUCGAGCUCGUCCACGAAUCUAUCAAAACCACCGAGUAAUCCGAGCUUAACCGGUGGAAAUCGGGAUAAGGCAAAAGCGUGGGUGCGCGAACAAGCAGCCCAAUUUUUGGCAAGAUAUCAGGAUGAUGCACCUUGCUCGCAUCCCGCCCUAACAGUUCUUGCUCGACUAACUGCUGCGAUACAGCGAUUGCAAUCAAACGAAUUAGACGAAAUGCUAUCAGCACUAACGGAAUUACGGGACAUAGUUCUCGAGAGCGAUAUAUCGCCAUUUGAAAUGAAUUACAGCGGCCUUAUCAAGGCUCUAUUGAACUACCUCACUACCACGGAUGCACCGGGUAAUCGUUAUGAUCGUCUUCGUAUGUUUUGGAAAUUGUUUGCGGAGUCUACCAUGCAACAGAACAACGAUAUUAUGGAUCUUAAUCCUGGGGCGUUUGGUGCUUUAGUAACGAAAUUGAACAGUUGUGUUGCACAGCUAGAACAAUUCCCGGUGAAAGUUCACGAUUUACCUGCGGGUUCUGGCGCUGGCCGUGGCGGUACCAGUGCUCUGAAAUUCUUCAAUACACAUCAACUUAAGUGUAAUCUUCAACGGCAUCCGGACUGUAAUAAUUUGAAGCAGUGGAAGGGCGGUACUGUAAAAAUAGAUCCGCUUGCAUUAGUACAGGCGAUUGAGCGUUAUUUGAUGGUACGUGGAUACGGCAGAAUACGGGACGCUGACUCGAUGGUCAGUGAUGACGACAAUAGCGAGGAUGACAUUGAUGAUACUCUGGCAGCAGUUGUGAUAAGCCAAGGACCGCCGAAACACAAACUUCAGUUUUUAAUUGGCGACGUAGUCCUACCUUUCAAUAUGACGGUUUAUCAAGCUGUCAGGCAAUUUGGAUGUUCCGGAGUGGAUCACUCUGAGGCAGAGGCCGAUAGUGAACCGCCACUUGGACACGAUGCGGUAUGGGUGCAAACCCAUACGAUAUACUACAGACCUGUACCAGAAGAAGAUGCCGCAACCUCUCCAAAAUCAGGGUCGAGUUCACAGGGUAAUAGCAGGAAGGGCAAGGGAAAAAGUACAAAGAUUAGUUCAAAGAGAAAAGAAGAUAGUCUCUGGCUAGAAGGCACGGUUCCUCUUCAACAUUGUCCUCUCGCGCCAUAUCUAUCUCCCACAUUACCACCCUCGGUAACUAUCACGGACGCCUCUCUCGAUGGGUUGUGUCUUUUGCGGCUCUUGCACGCUCUUAAUCGCCAUUGGGGCAUACUGUUCCCUCAUCUAAAAAGCAUGAGCCUGCUAUCACCUCAGGACUUUAUUAAUAAUAAGAUCGCAGCGAAAGCCAGCAGGCAACUGCAGGAUCCACUGGUGAUCAUGACUGGAAAUUUGCCAUCUUGGUUACAACAGAUAGCGUCUGUCUGUCCUUUUCUCUUUCCAUUUGAGACGAGGCAGCUUUUGUUGUAUGCAACAUCGUUUGAUCGAGAUAGAGCACUACAACGUCUCUUGGAUUCCGCGCCAGAACUUUCAGGAUCAGACAGUCAGGAGCGCGUUACGCCACGCUUAGAACGAAGGAAGAGAACUAUCUCGAGAACGGACAUUCUUAAGCAAGCAGAGCUAGUGAUUCAAGACUUAGCCUCUAAUAAGGCCUUACUUGAAGUGCAAUAUGUCAACGAGGUCGGUACUGGUCUCGGUCCAACUCUGGAAUUCUACGCUCUAGUCUCUAAGGAACUGCAACGCGCUGAUUUAGAUUUGUGGCAUGGCAGUUCGAAUCCUACUGAAAACGGAUAUGUUAAUUCCUCACACGGACUCUUCCCGACGCCAAUCCCAUGGAACACUAAAGUAUCGCAUCUAGCAAAAUUGAAGACCAAGUUCAAAUUCCUUGGGAAAUUCAUGGCGAAAGCAAUAUACGAUUCCAGAAUGUUGGAUUUGCCAUUUAGUUUAACCUUCUAUCGUUGGUUACUGGGAGAGGAACAUACUCUUACAUUAGCCGACUUGGCAUACGUAUGUCCCGACGUAUAUCGCACUCUUAGCAAGCUCCAGGAGGUCGUGAGGAAGAAAGAAGCUAUGGAGAAGGAUCAGACACUACGACCGCACGAGAAAGCGCAAUUAAUUGAGGCUCUCGAUUUAGACACGUGCCCCAUUUCCGAACUAGGUCUUGUGUUCGAAUUACCGGGCUAUGAGAAUAUCGAAUUAAGGAAGGGCGGUAGCGAAAUAUCCGUUACUAUUUACAAUCUGGAUCAAUAUAUUAAGUUAGUGGUACACUGGUUCUUGUACGAAGGAGUAUUCAGACAAAUGGAGGCUUUCCGGGAAGGUUUCGAGUCGGUAUUUCCUCCGUUGCAACUGAGACUAUUCUUCCCAGAAGAACUGGAGGCGGUAUUUUGCGGUCACGCACAAACCGGCGGACAAUGGGACGUGAAAACUCUUGCCGAGUGCUGUAGGACCGAUCAUGGUUAUACACCGGACUCACGGGCCAUUCGUUUUCUAUUCGAAGUCAUGUCCAAAUACAACAGCGAGGAACAACGACAGUUCAUUCAGUUUGUCACCGGUUCACCGCGUUUGCCCGUUGGAGGUUUCAAAAGCUUAACCCCUCCGUUAACAAUAGUGCGCAAAACCUUUGAUCCGUCUAUGAAGACAGACGAUUUUCUACCAUCAGUAAUGACUUGCGUUAACUACCUAAAACUGCCUGAUUAUACCACUUUGGAAAUAAUGCGGGAAAAGUUGCGGAUAGCCGCGCAAGAGGGUCAACACUCGUUCCAUCUCUCCUAGAAACGGAUGGAAAAUCGGCACCUCAUUUUCUCCUUUACUCUUACAUUAUCCAGACCGCGAAUUAUCCGAACUUCGUUUAAGAUCUACGUGAAAAUUUACGUAUGUUGUCAGUGAGCAAAUUCAACGUCGCGAUGAUUUUUAUCCUUUAUGUGAGUUCUUUUGAGGACUUUUUAUUUCUUGAAACAAAAAAUUCGUCGGAGCGACAGUUCUUUCUUUUGAUGUUUAUAUCUUUGCAAUUUGGAUUGUGAUAUACUUUGAUCAGAAAGAAAAGUGCAAAGCUGCAUAAUUAACCGUACCGUGCGAGUUUACGCUCUCGCGAAUGCUACAAACCGAGUGGCUUGCAAACGACCUCGUUUUAGGAAAAAGAAACUUAUCUUCAGUACGUUACAAUAAAAAAAAAAAGGAAGAUUGUAAAUAUAGUUUAAUAUACACAAGUCGAUAUAAAUACUUUAUAUAAUAGUAACGAGAAAAAUGAUAUUGCUAUGGAAAAUACUAUACUAACUGAACAUAAAAUAGCCCGAGCGAGAAAGAAAGAGAGAAAGGAGCACGUUUACUAGAUAUAAGUAAAUUUUAUAUCAGUGGUGCAUUAAAAAGCAUCGCCAUACGUCGCCAAUCCUCCGCGAUCGCGGAAGACAUGAAAAUUUACAUGCUAAAAUCAGCAACGAGACGCGCACGCCCGUGAUCUUGUCGGAAACAACGCUAUUUCCGGAUACAGACACAUAUACACAAUAUCGUGUCUCUCGCUGCUAUUCUCUAUUUUGUAAUCGAUCUCUUCGUGUUCGUCGCUUUUAAGUUUCAACGAUCGAGAACGCAAUGCGUGAGUCACACGUUACGCCACACACUUCUACAUUUAAGUUCAAUCAAUGUGUAACGCUCAUCAACAUUUAUUUGAUAUUUCUAUUCUAAGUAAAUUAGCCCGACCGUUUAUUUUAUUUAGCAGUAUAAGAAUGCAACCGGAAUCGCCAAGGAAUCACCAUCGUGACACGCGCGUGAAUCGAAGGGAAAUUCCGAUAUCCAUUUACUUACAAGCAAAUCGUCAUAUUUAGAGGGAAAAAAGAAAAAAAGAAUUGUAAGAGAAUUGUAUGAUACAAAAUAGAAUGGAUAUAUAAAGUAA